ACACACACACACACAAUAGAUCUGUCAGCAGCCGACUGUCAUGCCCUUUAAGUCUUUGAUUUCAAGAAUAAUUAAUCAAUACAUAAAGCAAUAAUGAUAAAAACCCUGUUGUGUAAUAUAGUCUUAAAGAUCUCUACUUUGAGAAGGCAUAUCAAUUGUUUUCUGUUUUUUUCAUAGCCUUUCGGUUCCUGUAUUAUAUUUACUUCAAUCUUAAAACUUUGUAAAUUUCGAAACCUGCGUUAAAUUUAAAGCGAAUAUUAAAUAUAACCAUAUGGAUAUUUUUAUUAACAUGAGUCGCAAGUUGACUUUGAGAAAAUCAUUUGUGGUAUUUGUGUGCAUAGCUACUUUAUUAACAAUAAAUACUUUAUUUCACGCUUUUAAAUAUUCAUUCUGGACGCCGGUUUUUAGAGAAAAACUUCGGAAUAAUGUUCAUGCGGAUCAUUUUGUUCGGCGGUUCAAUUCCUCCAGUGAGGAGCUUACUGAAAUGAAGGUUGUAAAUAGGUCAUAUACGGAAACGGACGAGUUAGAAGAUUUCACUAUGCACAGUCUCUUGGACCCCAAAGAGCAGUUUGAAACAUCGUUUAAGAAAUUUGCAGAAAAUGCCACAAAAAAGGUACUGCUAAUAUUCAAUAUGCAAGGAUUUGAGACGGUAGUCACGACAAAUGAAAAGUUUAAGACUUGUGAAUACAACAACUGCAUGAUGACAAGCGACAAGUCUUACCUUAAAACGGCCGAUGCUCUUUUGUUUAUAAUAUGCAACAAAGGUAUGGGAUCUAAACCACCGAUUAGCCAGCAGAACAGAAAUCCCAAUCAGGCAUGGAUAUUCAAGUGCGGUGAAACGCCAAUACAUCAUUGGUUUAGUGAUUAUAAAUCAGCUGCUUGGGAUAACACAAUGAAUUGGUCAAUAUCUUACAGAAUCGAUUCAGAUAUGCCGCAUCCUUAUGGAUAUCUUAAAACUCGGACAGUCCCAAGGACAUUGGAUUACGAAUCUAUUUAUCAAGCUAAAACAAAAACUGCUCUAUGGAUUGUUAGUAACUGCAAUACACAAAGCGCACGUGGUCAGUAUGUUGUUGAACUUCGGAAGCAUGGAGUAGAUGUUGAUAUUUACGGCCAAUGUGGGCCAAACCAUCACAUUGACGAUGACAAUUUGAAUAAGAUAAUGCCAAAAUAUAAGUUUUACCUUGGAUUUGAGAAUUCUUUAUGCAACGAUUAUGUCACAGAAAAGUUUUUCUUUUAUUACGACUUUAAUUGGAUUGUUAUUGUCCGAGGUGGCGCCGACUACGAUCAUCUGCUACCGACGGAAACUUACAUUAAUACUGCCCACUUCUCAAACGUGUCACUCUUGGCCAAACACCUUUUAAAUCUUGGGAAUGACAAAGACAGAUAUAUUGACUUCUUGCGGAAGAAAGAUCGUUAUGAACAAAAGUACGAAUAUGGUCAUAAAUAUAGUAUAUGCGAAAUCUGUAGAAGACUAAAUAAUGUUUCGAAGUUUAAGAAGACGUACAACAAUAUGCGUGACUAUCUUGAAAAUGGACAGUGUCGAAUGCCCACAGAUGUCAAGUCUUCGGCGAGUCAUACGCGAUAUCAGAAUCAUGAGCGCGUUUUCAAUCAUGUUAAGUGAGCAAACUGGUGAAUGCAGUGUCAGUUUUUUGUCGAUCCCGUUUGAGGAAGGGAAGACAUAGUUGUCCAAAUGGCUGUUCGGUGUAUGUGCGUCCGUGCGUCCAUCCGUCCGGAUUUGUUUAUCCGGACCUUAACUUUGACAUGCAUGGAUGGAACAAUCUUGUUUAUAUUUGGCAUGAAUGUUAACCUCAGUGAGACGGAGUGUCAUGCGUGAACACCAGGUUCAUAUCUCAAAGGUCCAUGUCACAGUUGGAGGUCAAAGGUCAUGUCAGACCUUGUCUGGCCCAUAACUUUGACAUGCAUUGAGGAAUCUUGUUUAUAUUUGGCAUGAAUUUUUAACUCAAUGAGACGGAGUGGCACAUAUUCCUAUCUCAAAGCUCAAGGUCACACUUAGGGGUCAAACGGCGGGCUCGACAUGUUAUGCGUGGGCAUCUAGUCUAAUUGUUCUUGUACUAUUUGUGUAGGUAAAGGGUAACUGUCCACCUGCGUGACAGGUCACGCUCGAAACAUAACAGCAGGAAAAACAGCUGCCACACGCUUUCAGAUAUAGCCAACCGUCUUCCAGCUUGGAUAAUCUCUUUUUUUAACGCAGAAAAGUAAAAACAAAAUCUGCCAAUAUCUAAUCUCCAACUAACAACAUUUUCUAAUGAAACAUAAUUUUUGGUUGCUAUUACUUUAUUUUAUCAAAAAUUUCGAAAAGAUGUACAUAUGUGUAUUGUUUAUUUAGCAGUUCACGGGAUUACCAUACUUAAGGAAAAGUUGAAAAUGUAUUCAUUAUACUAUCGUUUUUAUAGAUAAAAACCCGUUUGAAUAUGCUAAACUGUGCUGUCUAAAUGUAGAAAGACACAUUUCAAGUCAUUAGCAAGCUUGGUAUUACAUCAACUGAAAAAUUUAUUUAAGAAACAAUUGCUCAAACAGCAAUAUAUACUCAUAAAUAUAUAGACGCAAAAUAAACAAUAGAUGGACAUUGCUGUUCACUCUUUUUCAUUUAUCAGUAAAGUAAGUAUAUUUCGUUAGCGACCUCUGAGCUUGACUUUUAACGGGUAGUCAGAUACUUAGACUUUGCCGCAUAACGGUUUGUUAGAUCAAAUUAGCAGGAAAAAAUAAAAAUACACAUGUAGAACAGUCAGAUUUCGGGUUUGAAUCAAAUAGAUUCGAAUUUUGAGCUGGUGUGUGUCUUAAAAGAAGAUAUUCUCUUUUUUAUAUUCUUAUUAAAGACAGUACCCGUCUUUUUUGUUUCCAAAUUAUUUCAGUUUACGCGAAUUUUCAUAAUUUCCAAUUUUAAUAUUGUGAUUUAUGAGUGC